CACUGUCCCGGUUUCAGUCCGUCUUCGCACCGGCUGCAGCUCCGUCUGGAAGGUCAAACACACCAUGGCAGCGCCGAAGAAAGUCUGUGUGAUCGGCUCUGGUAACUGGGGCUCUGCCAUUGCCAAGAUAGUGGGUGCCAACGCAGCCAAGUAUGACAAGUUUGACACCACAGUGAACAUGUGGGUGUUUGAAGAGACGGUGAACGGCCGUAAACUCACAGAAAUCAUCAACCAGGACCAUGAAAAUGUGAAAUAUCUGCCUGGCCACAAGCUGCCCUCCAAUGUGUUGGCAGUUCCAGACUUGGCUGAGUCUGUGAAAGGAGCCGACAUCCUGAUCUUCGUGGUGCCUCACCAGUUCAUUGUGAGAGUGUGCGACACCAUUAAAGACCACAUCAAGAAGGACGCUAUAGGAAUGUCUCUCAUCAAGGGUGUGGAUGCGGGUCCAGAGGGUCUGAAGCUGAUCUCUGAGGUCAUCCGAGGGAAGUUGGGCAUCACCAUGACGGUCCUCAUGGGAGCAAACAUCGCCAAUGAGGUCGCUGAGGAGAAGUUCUGUGAAACAACCAUCGGGUGCAAAGACAAGGCCUGCGGGCCCAUGCUGAAGGAGCUCAUGCAGACCACCAACUUCCGCGUGGCUGUGGUGGAGGAGUCGGAUGUUGUGGAGAUCUGCGGUGCGCUCAAGAACAUCGUAGCAGUGGGAGCAGGUUUCUGUGAUGGCCUGGGAUUUGGCGACAACACCAAGGCAGCAGUGAUUCGUCUGGGCCUGAUGGAGAUGAUCGCCUUUGCCAGGGUCUUUUGCACAGGCGGCCCAGUCUCCCCCACUACCUUCCUGGAGAGCUGCGGCAUCGCUGACCUCAUCACAACCUGUUACGGUGGACGCAACCGCAAGAUCGGGGAGGCUUUCGCCAAAACAGGCAAAACCAUUGAGCAGUUGGAGAAUGAGCUGCUCAACGGUCAGAAGCUUCAAGGUCCAGCGACUGCAUUCGAGGUCCACCAAGUCUUGAAACAAAAAAACAUGGUGGAAAAGUUUCCUCUUUUCACUGCCGUUCACCAGAUCUGCUUCGAAGGCCACACAGUCACAGAGUUCAUCAAGUGUUUGCAGAACCACCCAGAGCACAUGUGAAGGUUUACAGACUGAUGAAUGGGUGGAAGUUGGGAGAGGACUUUUACACUAGAACUACUGUAUAACCCAGGUGAUUAUAGGUGAAGACUGUGCCUAAUCCUGACUACUGUCAUGUUUGAAUCUCAAACAGAAAUGACAAAAAGAAAUUGAGCAUCGUUGCCAGCUUUACCUGAGCUGCUGUGUUGACCUGCUUCUAUUACAUUACAGAAAACACUAACUUCUUUUUAACUCAUUAGGAACAUACAUGUCGCAAAUUAUUGCGUUAAUCUUCCAAGUCUUAAAAGUUGUAAGAAUUUUUAAUUACUCAGCCUCAAAAAAUACUUGAACUCCGACCUGAAUGUUGUGAAAUAAUACAUAAUUUUGUGGUUAAAA